UCAACCAUGUGAACCCACCUAGCCCAGCCCCCACCGCCACCACGACCUCCAUCUACCUUCUCACAGCUCACCUGUAUAUAAGCCCCACACGGGCCAACUUCUCUGUAUCCAAUAUGGGUUUGAGGUGCCAUGGCCAUUUCUUGGUUUCUUUUCUUUUUCAAGUUAUAAUUCUCUUGUUGUUGGAAGAAGCAAGAGCACAGCAACACUACUACAAUGUAAGCAGAUUGAGAGGAAGAAAGCAAGUGAGUAGCUGCAAUUUGUUUCAAGGGAGAUGGGUCGUUGAUGCUUCUUAUCCUCUUUAUGAUUCUUCAGGGUGUCCCUUUAUAGAUGAUGAGUUUAAUUGCCAGAAGUUUGGCAGACCUGAUACUCAGUAUCUCAAGUAUGCUUGGCAACCUGACUCUUGCAACUUACCCAGGUUCAAUGGUGUGGAUUUUUUGAUGAGGUGGAGAGGGAAGAAGAUAAUGUUUGUGGGUGACUCACUGAGUCUAAACAUGUGGGAAUCGUUGUCCUGCAUGAUUCAUGCGUCAGUGGCCACUAGCAAGACCACCUCCGUGAACCAAGAUUCACUUCAUUCUGUGACCUUUGAGGACUAUGGAGUAACUCUGUUUAUGUAUAGGACACCAUACUUGGUUGACAUUGUUCAAGAAAGUGUUGGGAGAGUACUAAAGCUGGACUCCAUUGAAGCUGGAAAUGCAUGGAAAGGGAUGGACUUGCUCAUCUUCAACUCAUGGCACUGGUGGACUCAUACUGGAAAAUCUCAACCAUGGGACUAUAUGAGUGAUGGAUCAGGAUUGUAUAAGGACAUGAACAGGUUAGAAGCAUAUUAUAAAGGGAUGUCAACAUGGGCAAAGUGGGUUGAUCUUAACGUUGAUCCUGCCAAAACCAGAGUCUUUUUCCAGGGGAUUUCUCCCACUCAUUAUCAGGGCAGGGAAUGGAAUCAACCAAAGAAGAAUUGUUAUGGAGAAGCAGAGCCCCUGUCAGGUUCUGCUUAUCCAGGUGGGGCACCUCCAGCUGUUGCUGUGUUGAACAAGGUGUUAAGUACAAUUGAGAAACCUGUUUAUCUACUAGACAUAACGACACUCUCACAAUUAAGAAAAGAUGCUCACCCUUCCAUUUAUGGUGAAGGCUCUGGCACAGACUGCAGUCACUGGUGCCUUCCUGGAUUGCCUGACACUUGGAACCAACUCCUAUAUGCAGCUCUCAUCAUGUGAAGUGAAGGUCAAGAUUGAAAAUUCAGUUUAGUUUUUAUCUUUCCAUACCAUUGUUGUAGGGUGAUAAUAAGGGGGCAGAAAUCAAUUGCAAAGUGAUUGAUUUUCUUCAUCACAAUAAUUGCUCUGAAGUGAUAAACAGAUAGGUGGUACUGAGAAUCAGAUUUCUUCUGGUGAUUAUAUCAAGGAAGUGAAUACUCACUGGGUUAGGUUCAAUUAUCAUUGGAUUUGUAUUGAUGUUUGAUUAAACUUUUACUACAAUUGUAACACUUUCAAAUUUCAGUUCAAUGGAUAUUUCACAAUUAUUUUGAUCCCUAA